UUUAAAAAUUUGAAAGGAGUGGCCGUUGGAGAACCAACUUCAAACUUGAAAAACUGAGUCCCUUCGAUGCAACCACAUUCACAACCGCAACCACAAAUCGGCUCGAUUCACUUCACUACCUGUCCCGGAGAGAGAAACAGACCCACAUUGCAUACUCAGUUAGCCUGAGAUUUGUUGUUUGAGAUAAUUAUGACUGGCAUUGUCAUGGUGACCAAAGGAGGUGGCUGCGCUGGUGGGGUUACGAGAGCCAAGGGUACAAGAGGGAGCGAACACGACCAGAACCAGCUGUCAAUGAUGGCGAUUCUCUUGGAAGCUGUAAGGAAGUCGUUGGUGUCUUGCCGUUUUGAGGAGAGAGAAGAUGGAAUUCCUACUGUUAAUCAUAUGGAGAUUGGCUGGCCUACGAAUGUUCAGCAUAUUUCACAUGUCACGUUCGAUCGCUUCAACGGUUUUUUGGGUUUGCCUGUGGAGUUCGAAGUCGAGAUCCCGUGUCGGGUCCCGAGUGCUAGUGCUAGUGUGUUCGGUGUCUCAGCAGAAUCAAUGCAAUGUACUUUUGAUACCAAAGGGAACAGUGUCCCAACAAUUCUCUUGCUAAUGCAGGAGAGGCUAUACUCACAGGGAGGUCUGAAGGCAGAAGGGAUUUUUCGCAUAAACCCAGAGAACGGCCAAGAGGAGCACGUAAGGGACCAGCUGAAUAGGGGCAUUGUGCCUAACGAUAUUGAUGUACAUUGCUUGGCAGGUCUUAUAAAAGCCUGGUUUAGAGAGCUUCCUUCAGGAGUGCUGGAUGGGCUUUCCCCUGAACAAGUUCUUCAAUGUAACACCGAAGAAGAAUGUGUUGAGCUUGUGAAGCAGCUAAAGGCAACAGAAACUGCGUUGCUCAAUUGGGCGAUUGACCUCAUGGCUGAUGUUGUCCAGGAAGAAGAUUCCAACAAAAUGAAUGCCAGAAAUAUAGCAAUGGUUUUUGCUCCAAACAUGACUCAGAUGUCUGAUCCGUUGACGGCGCUGAUGCAUGCUGUACAAGUAAUGAACUUGCUUAAGACUCUGAUCACAAAAACACUAAGAGAACGUGAAGAAACUGUAACAGGAGGACAUUCACCCAUGUCGUCUCAAUCAUCUGGUCAACAAACUGAUGAGGAUUUCGAUAGCCAGCAAGAGACGGAUACCAGCUGUGAACUGAGAAAGGCACCAUUGGAUCGCCAUAAAGAAGAUCAUGCCCAUUAUAGUCCUCAUAAUGAUGAUGAAGUUGAGUCAUUGAGUGAUGUAGAAGAUUGCUUUUUGAGGCAUUUGGAUAAGAACAGAAGUGAUCGCGACAUAUUCUUUCAGCAAUCGCCGGGUGAUUUAUCUAAAGAAUUUUCGAGUCCCAGAACUUGCUCAGGGUUUAAAAUGGAAUCUGAUAUCUCAUUUACUGAUAGCAAAAGUGAAAGUUCCAGUUCAGCUACAAGUGACGGAGAAGAGUCCAGGGCAAGUAUGAGAGGUAUAGGCCAAGAAAUUAACAAAAGAAGCCCAUCAAAAGCAUACAAGAACUCUGAUGAUGUGAAGAUGGUUGACAGUCGAUUGUCUAGUUUUUAGUCUUAGAAAUGCUUAGGUGAAUACUUGGUUGCAGAGUUUGGUAUGGUCUCAACUGUGUGGGCUUUGCUUACACUGGGCUUUGGAGUAUUCAAGUGUCGUCGAUUGUUAGAGAGUCAUGGUUCAGCUUUGGGCUGAACUUUGCUUGUUUCGUGAGUUUCUUAAUGGAGCUGAAAACUCUACGUUUCUGUAGUGUGGAUUUCAAUUCUAAUCUUGAAGUUCUCACCCUUGAAAAAUUCAUGUAUGCGAGUCUAAUUUUCUUGGGAACAGGCAGAAGUCUAUGAUGCUGAAUUCCUAGAAUCCAUGUAACACGCUAUAUUUCCAAGAAUAGUGGGUCCAUGUGUUUGUUUAUUUGCAUUCAAAUAGUUUGAAACAGAUCGCUGUAUUUCUCAUAAAUUUAUUGACAAGUAGAAUGACAACCACUUUUUA